AUGGGCGAUGUGGUGCGGCGUGAGCUCGUGAGGAGGGGGAGUAUGACGUGGGCGUUCAAGCGGGAAGGGAGGGGGCGUCAGAGUCCGCAGUGCCGUGACUCGAGCCACGCGCGCUCGCCUGAACGAGGCGGCGCGCGGUGCGGGCGACAUGGCCAGCGCGGGGUAAACAACGAGGCGAGCGCGCACCGCCGUCCUGCAGCCCUGCGCCGCUGCGGCUGCAGGCGCCAGCUGCUUCUGGAGCCUCGUCCCGGAACCAUGAAAGAACUCUACAGAAAGGAAGAACGACAUGAAUUACGUCGAAAGAAUGAUUUUCCUCUCGACACAGACUACGGGAGCAUCAAUACCGAACGUGAAACAGAACAUCAGAGAAUAAUUUUGCAGGAUGAAGAGGACUCGGACCAGGGCCUGGUGAUGGGCAGCUCGCUACCGCUCCAGCGCGAGGACCGCAGCACGUACCUGAGCGACGGGCGCCGCAAGGUGGACUUCGUGCUGGUGUACGAGGAGACGUGCGCUCGCGGCGAGGGCGCGGCCAGGCGGCGCUCCAGCGUGGCCGUGGAGGCAGUGCAGGGCGUCGGCUCGAACAAGUGCCUGAAGAAGCGCAGCGAGAAGCACACCGUGUGGAGGUGCCGCUUCAUGCAGAGCCUGGUGCAGGCUGGCCUGGACAUGGAGCAGGAUAUAGUGGAAUGUGGUAAUAAGAAGCUAAUACAUUUCAUUAAACUACAUGCGCCUUGGUCUGUGCUGUGUCACUAUGCAGAGGACCUGAAUAUGAGAGCACCAUUACAGGCACAUCCGAAUCCUUCAAUAAAUUGGUCUGAUGUUCUGCUGCGGUCGUUUAAAAUUCCAAACAUCAUGUACGAAGAAGUUCCCAACAAGCCCCUCAACUACUACACAUGCCCUUUCAGGAAGUCAAAAAUUGACAGGUUUCUUGGCAGCGACAACCCGGAUACGUAUUUCAACAACGGCCAAAGAAGUCGCAUCUUGUUCGAGAUACUGUCCACCGCCAUUUUCGGGAAGAAGAAGAAAGGCGAGGUGGGGAUUGACCGGCUGGUGGAGGAAGGAGCUUACACGGCCGCCUUCCCUCUUCACGACGGUCCAUUUGAAGUGAACACGAAGCGAGGAGUCCAAGAAACGCCCAUGAACCCACGCCAGGUGCUGUACUACUACUGGGCCAGAUGGGGGAAAUGGAACAAAUAUCAGCCAUUGGAUCAUAUCAGAGAAUAUUUUGGAGAGAAAACAGCGAUUUAUUUUGCUUGGCUUGGUUUCUACACAGGAUGGUUAUUCCCUGCGGCUAUUGUAGGCCUUCUUGUAUUCAUGUAUGGCGUUUGUACAAUGGAUUAUAACCAACUGGCCAUUGAAGUUUGCAACAGUAAUGGGGAGUUCAAAAUGUGCCCUUUAUGCAAUGAAACAUUCGGCUGCAAUUACUGGGAUCUAAGCGAUGUAUGUGGUUAUGCCAAGCUAGCAUAUCUUUUUGACCAUCCAGGAACUGUUUUUUACGCUAUUUUCGUAUCAUUCUGGGCGGUGACGUUCCUGGAGUACUGGAAGCGCAAGUCGGCCUGCCUGGCGCACCACUGGGACUGCAUGGGUUUCCAAGAGGAGGAGGAACGGCCGCGACCCGACUUUGCCGCCAAGGCGCCGUUCAUGGGGCGCAACCCCGUCACAGGCAUACCGGAGCCCAGCUUCCCCAGCUCACUGCGGCACAAGAGAGUGGCUGCCGGCAUCGGGAUCAUCUUCCUCAUGAUGUCGCUGGUUAUAAUAUUCAUCGUGGCAGUGAUCAUCUACAGGGUGUUGGUCUCGAUACCGCUCUUUCAGAACUCAAUUUUCAGAUCACAAGCUCAAGCCAUAGCUAACGUCACCGGAGCUGUGGUCAACUUAAUAUUAAUAAUGAUCAUGAGCCGAGUGUACGAGAAGUUGGCGUACAGGCUCACCACUUGGGAGAUGCAUCGCACACAAACAGAAUUCGAUGACAACCUUACAUUCAAAGUUUUUAUAUUCCAGUUCGUAAAUUUUUACUCCUCGAUAUUUUAUAUUGCGUUCUUUAAAGGAAGAUUUGUUGGUUAUCCAGGCAAAUACACACACAUACUGGGAUUGCGAAAUGAAGAUUGCAGUGCAGGAGGAUGCCUGAUCGAGUUGGCCCAGCAACUGGCAGUCAUCAUGAUUGGUAAACAAAUAAUAAACAAUGCGCAAGAAAUAAUUGUGCCUAAACUCAAAGCAUGGUGGCACAAAAAACAGGUAAAGCUGUCUAAAAACCCCAGAAACCGUUGGGAAGAAGAUUAUCAGCUGAUUGAUAGUGAAGGGCUUUUUCAAGAAUACCUCGAAAUGGUUCUUCAGUUCGGGUUCAUCACGAUCUUCGUGGCAGCUUUCCCGCUGGCGCCGUUGUUCGCCCUCCUCAACAACUGGGUGGAGAUACGACUCGACGCGCAGAAGUUUGUCUGCGAAACAAGACGCGUGGUUCCCGAGCGUGCCGAAAACAUCGGCAUUUGGUUCAAGAUACUGCACAUGCUGGCCCACUUGGCGGUCAUAAGCAACGCGUUUCUGAUUGCUUUCACGUCCGAGUUCCUGCCGAAGCUUCUGUACCAGUACGAGUACGACUGGAACCUCGUCGGCUACAUCAACUUCACCCUGGCGUACGCCCCGAACCACACCAUGAAGGAGCAGUGUCGCUACAGGGGCCUUCGUGACAACGAGGGCAACCACACGUCUUUCUUCUGGCGGCUGCUGGCGGUGCGCCUGGCUUUCGUCAUCAUCUUUGAACAUGUCGUAUUUGGAGUGUGCCGACUGAUUGAUGUGUUGGUGCCUGACAUACCAGAGAGCCUGGAACUGAAAAUUAAGAGGGAACGGUAUUUAGCUAAACAAGCACUGCAAGAUUCCGAUGCCAUCAUGAAAGUAGCGAACCAGAAAGUCGGCAAUAGCGAAGGCUUGGAGAGCAGCAAAGGCAUGAUACUCGACCUGACGUCAGACCUCGGGAAAGCCACGAGCCAGUCGUCUGUUCGUCUCUCGAGCUACAUUUUUGACACGAAGAACACCACGUCCACAGACUCCGAGAACACCAACUUCACGGAGGCCUCGGCGACUCCGAAACUCGUGGCGCGCCACCGCAAGAACACAGAUUCCAGUGACGCCGGCCAGAACAGUACAUGAUGUCAUCGUGCCGUCCUUUGAAUGUUUGGUGUCUACUACUGCCUUUGAAGAGUCAAUAACUGUAUCUUUCUAGCACUUCCAAUCAACUACGUCUCGAAAAUGUUACUGUCAAAUCUUCGCGAGCUGAAUGUAGGGUAUUUGAUUACGCUUCUUAUUCCAAUUUAUCCCUCACAGUUUAAAAAUCAUCGUUCAUUUAUAAAUUCUAUUUAUUUUGGCAACAAUGGUGAUAGAAAAAUGUUGAAAAUGUUUUCCCAGUAUGUGAGCGGCCUUCAGUGAAAUAAUUCGAAAAGUUUAUUGCUGCAAUGUAAAGCUGUUCUAAUUUUCUACGAGAGUUUAGAUGAAGCCAAUAAAAGAUUUAAAAAAAUAA